AUGGACGUCUGCUGCUUCGCCCUGAUGCUCGAGUACAUGUAUACGGAGACAGUCCUUCAGGUUCCCUCGCCUCUGGUUCAAGCCGCCUCGGACCAGCCGUCAGAGACGCUGCUGCGCCUUAUGGAAUACGGGAGCAUGUACUUCAUGCGGGGCCUCGUGAAUGUGUGUGCGGCGUUGCUGUCGCCUCUCGUGGACGUCUCCAACGUCUGCAGGGUCUACACCGCGGCGAAUCUCCUUCGGCUCGACCGACUGCUGUUUCGCUGUGCGGCGGUGAUGGCGGAGAGCAUCGACGCGCUUUUACCGAGGCGGGACUUCCACGAUCUCGUCCUUUCAUCUGCCCACUCUGUUGAAAACCGCGAGGAAGUCGACUCCAUCCCAGUUGUAGAGGAGAUCACCGACGCGCUCGCGCAGAUUUACGGCAUCGCGCAGAGCCCCGAAGAAACUGAGGGCGCCCUGGAGUGGACGCUUCCGCCAGGGGUGCUGCCGUUUACGAGCGACGGCGCAGAAGCAGAAGAGACGUCAGCGAGCCGGGGCACCUCCGCGACCUUGAGGCUCCACGCCGAAGCCUCCACGUGCCUCUCGCCGUCGACGUCCGCGCCGCCUUCGGAUUCAGAGGGCGCGCACGGGAGGCGCAGCAGACGGGGAGAUGGCGGCAGGGUUGCCGGCGGGGGCGAGCGCGCGGCGGCGAACAGACGAGCCCGACGCCAAGGGCGAUUUGGAGGCGGCUCGCAGAGGUUGCGGGAAAGUCCCUCUCAACAGCGAACGCACUUGCCCGUCGCGCCCGACGUGCUGCUCAUGCGGAGUCUCUAUCAAGAGAAAGCUGAACAGAUCGACCAGCUCCUGGCACACCUACAGCUCGACGCGUGA